AUGGACAAUCCAGCAAGCGAUAUCGAGGGAAUCAUCAAGACGCUCUGCAUGGGUAGCGCCCACGAGCAAGAUGCGGCGCUGAAUAAGUACUUUUUGCCAGAUGCCGAGUUUAUCCAUCCGCUCUGCUGGGUGCCGAGAUUUCGCAACGUUGCGGUUCCUUUUUUCGGGAGCAUUGACUCGCUGUGGCUGGUUCAGUGCAUCUAUCGCUGGUACAUUACCUUUGCGCCGAGACUCGACAUUGUCGUGGACUCGGCAGCAUUCGACGAGAAAAAUAACCUUCUCUACACGACGGCGCGACAGAGCCUCACAGUUUGGUUCUUCCCCAUCUACUCGGUGACGGUCAAGCUCGUGACGGUGCUCAAGCUGGAGCAGCAGUCAUCGCGUCUCGUACGCGACGCGCGCACGAGCCCAGAACUCGAGGUCGAUGGCGACACCACCAACGGCGCGGCGAUACUCAAGUACUACAUUGCCAGCCAGGAGGACCUGUAUCAGAUGAACUACUGCCUCGAAUUCUUGGCGCCGCACGUGGCGGCCCGGCUGUGGACGCUCGUGCAGCUCUUCACGACGGGCGUCUGCAUGGUCAUGUCGGUGCUGACGUUGCCGCUUCACUUUUACCUGAAUCCCGAUACCAAGAGGCAAAAGGUUAAGCAGUAG